CUUCCCCGUCGUUGCCGUGCCGGUGCCAAGAGCGAGCCGCCGCCCCGUUUCCUUUCCCGUUCCCCACCGUGAGAACCUAAAAGCUAGGGUUUCUCAUCUCGCCACCUGCCAACUCGUGGCAGCCGUCGCCGGCGCCGGCGCAGGGCCAGCACCCGAUUCGUCGUGGGAUUGAGUCGAUCUCGCGGGUGGAGAUAUGAAACCGGUGGUGGGGAUCGUGGUGUCGAACAAGAUGCAGAAAUCGGUGGUGGUGGCGGUGGACCGCCUCUUCCACAACAAGGUGUACAACCGCUACGUCAAGCGCACCUCCAAGUUCAUGGCGCACGACGAGACCGACGACUGCAACAUCGGCGACAGGGUUAGGCUGGACCCUUCUAGGCCCUUGAGCAAAAAUAAGCAUUGGGUUGUUGCCGAGGUUCUUCGCAGAGCUAAGAUGUAUGUUCCACCAUCUGCAGCAACAGCUUCCAGUGAACUUGGUUCCACAGCUCAACAAGCUGCUACCAAAUCAUCGGCCUGAAGCUCCUCUGAGGCAAAGACCCACCUGUUGUUUAAAAUCUCUGUUCGUUUCCUUUAGGAUGCAGUUCUUAAUCUGAAUUCCAUCAUGAAGAAAAAUGACCAGGUUGAUGCCAUUUUUGUUAAAUUUUAGUUCAGUUCUGGCUCGUUGUUCUGUAUGACCUUUGGGCUUUGCUGAAUCAGGGCCAAUGAGGAACUGAGGAUGACACAGAAUUAACAAUACUGUGGAUUCACGUCUUUGGCCAUGUUCCAAUAUUUGCAUAUCUUUCUGAUUGCU